AUGGGCUCUCGGACUUAUAGAUUUGUUGAGGAUUCUUCGAGUGAUUUCUCGAGAACCGAAGGAUUCUUCGAGUACUUUUCCGAGUGUUCUCGUUUUCUAUUAACGCCUUCUAUCUGCUCUGGCCGUGGUCCAGUAUUUGGUCGCAAGACUUUCCAGCAUCUUCGCGGACCUUCCAAAGAGGAAAAAAACACAUCAGCAAAAUCUAAUGUUUUAUUAAAUGAAUGUUUGCAACUCAUUACAUUUGUGGGCUGUUCUGCUCUAAUUGAAACCUACACCAAAUCCAUAAAGAAAAAAGUAAUAUCACAAAUAUGUGAUUCGAGUCUUUUUGGAGGUCGACAAAGCAACAUCUUUGAUCUUUUUACCCUCCAACUCCGAGACCCUAUAAGAGAUUUUGCUUUCCGUUCUUUACUAACUUCUGCCCGUUUCCUCCCAUGUUGUCGAGAAACCUCAGCUUUUGCCAACAUCCAAAUCGAUUGGAAGGAGACACCAAAAGCCCACUUACUUAAGACGGAUCUCCCAAGACUGAAGAAAGAGGAAGUAAAGAUUGAAGUUAAAGAUGGAAGAGUGCUUCAGAUAAGCGGAAAGAGGAAUUCGGAUAAUGAAGACAAGAAUGACACAUGGCAUAGGCUGGAACGCAGCAGUGGCAAGUUCUUAAGAAGUCUUGGGCUGCCGGAGAAUGUAAAGAUGAAGGAGAUUAAAGUUACAAUAUUGGAGAAUGAAGUUCUCACCGUAACGAUUCCUAAAGAAGAAGUCAAGCAGCCUGAUGUCAGGACUGUUGAGAUUUCUGGUUAAUUACAUUCCUUUGCAUCUUCGAUGGGAAUGGAGUCUUUUUGCUUGUUCUGUUGGUUUGCAGUUUUGUGUUUUUGUUUUUUUUUUUUGCCUAUGCUUCGAGUGUGAAAGUUGACUAACACUAUU